AUGCCUGGCAUGGCAAUGACCAGGGAGAAUUCUCAAGAACCGGACCGCGAGGAACCAGAAGACACUACGCUAGUGUCUGCCCCGAUGGCUAGCCUCUUCGAGGUUACGAAACUCCGAAACCUGCGCAGUUAUUCGGAUAAUAAACGUCAUGAUCGAUCACCUGGCACCACCCUUCAGAAUGAUUUCAUCUCGCGGGGCCUAGUCGGCCAAGCUCAGGCCGAAGAGCUGUUCCGGAUAUUCAGCGGCCCUCUAAAUCAGUACCUCUGGGGUGGGAUAGCCUUAAUACAUGAUAGCUUGGAUGCCGUACGCAAGUCAUCCUCUUUGCUUUUGGCAGCCAUACUCACGGUCACGGCGCUACACGUUCCGGGCAACGAGCGGGUGUUCGACAUCGCUUACAGCGAGUUCUUGGCACAUGUCUCCGGAUCCAUGUUCGACCGCUACCAUUCCUUGGACGAUGUGCGGGCGUUGGCAAUCGGAGCUUUUUGGCUAAGUGAUGUCAGCUGGAAGCUUUCCGGUCACGCCGUUCGCAUCGCAACGGAACUGCAGCUGCAUCUGAGCUUUGCCAAAGCAAUCGAGGGUCAUCAGGAUCACGUCGAAAAGGGGCGAUUAUGGGCCUUCCUAUACGUAUGCGAUCAUCACUUCUCAAUCGCCUACGGAAGGCCUCCAGUUAUCCACGAGGACUUAGCCAUUACGAAUCAUGAAGCAUUCCUACAACUACCUGGUAUCACGAAUGCGGAUUUCCGACUACACUCACAGGUCUCCAUGUUCGUCAUCCUGAGCCGCAUAUACGAAACAUUUGGUCCGGACAGCACUAAGCCGCUGAACGCCGAGGGUCUCAAGCUGUUACACCUCUUCAACAGCCAACUUGACGAAUGGAAGAUGAAGUGGGAGUCUCGGUUAGCUCCUAAUCCUCACAUCAACGCAUAUCCCGGCAAAGGGGUGCUCCUCCACCAUCAGUUCGGCAAGUUGCAGCUGAAUUCACUAGCAUUGAGGGGCAUGGCGCCUUCCACCCUGUGCGAUACAUCGCCAGAGUCUUCUGAACGUCGCUUGUUCGCAAAUCGUGCAGUUCAGAACGCAGUCUCAGCAUUGGAUAUUGUCCUUGAAGAACCGGAUAUCCGCCGAGCGCUCGUCGGUGUCCCCAUAUAUCUGCUUACCACUGUCACAUUCGCAACGGUCUUCCUGCUGAAAGUACGUCUGAAUUGGCAUUCGGCAUGUCUGGACGUCGACUCUUCGCUCAUACUGAGCCUUGUCGAACGCAUCGUCGAGCUUCUGAGGGAUGCCAGGGCAAGUGACCGCCACUUGGCACGGCACAUAUCCAAAGGUCUACGGAAUCUUGUGGACAGGUUUAAGGAGCAAGACCGACAGGCGUCAAGGACUGCAUCUAGUGUCUCGCAACAGCACAUUAGUAUCCCGGCCGCGCCUACAACCGCCGCCGAGGACUUCCAGACCAUGGACAAUCAGAUAGCCUGGCCGCAAGGGCAAAUGGAUUUUGGAACGAUGUGGGGCGAUUUCGACAGUUGGGGCAUGGACGAGAAUUAUCUGCCUCUAGGCAUGUUCAACACGCUCGCCAGUCAGAUACCUGGGUAG